AUGGCUACUAAAUACGAUGCAUCAACACUCGAUCGUUAUUUAGACGAAGAUUUAACGUUAAUAAACAAUAAGAAUGUGUGGAAAGAAUAUAAACGUGGCGUACAACAUAAAGACGAUGUGUGCUAUAUUUAUAAACCCUCGGGUGAUUCUAUUUGGUGGAUUAAAUUAGUUGCACAUAUCGAAAAUAGUUCAAUGGCAAAUAUUGAUGAUCUACUCGAUACCAGUCUCAAAGAACGUCAUUCGGAAUGGCAUGAACUUUUUAUUGAUGGUCGAAUAGUGCACAAAAACGAAGAUGGUCGAAGUGAAAUUUGUUAUUUUCAAUAUGCAUCUCCAUCAAUUUUGAUCGCUCCUCGUGACACAUGCUAUAUCAAAAUACGACGAACUCUGCCAAAUGGAUUUAUGCUUAGUUAUCGAUCGGUCGAUCUGCCAGAAGCAAGAGAUACGAGCGGUAAAUUUGUACGAACUAUUUUCAAAGGUGCACAUCUUAUUGAGCAGACAGAUAACAAAGAUAGUUUUCGUUACACAUAUUUACAAUAUGCUGAUGCUGGUGGUCUUAUACCAAAGAUACUUGCUAAUCGACCUCAAUGUGAUAUUAUUCUUAAAGAAAUUGAAGGAAUUCGACGUGCUAUGAAAAAUCCAAUACAUUCUAAUCGAUGA